AUGGAUUUGCAGACGUCUCAUUUAGCGGCAGCUUUAAUGUCUGGAAACAACACCUUUGCACAGCCAGAAUCGGCUACUAGUGCACCUGAUAAUCCUGCUGAGGAAAUAAAGAAAGGAAACCCUAAUGAAAGUCGAAAGGAGUCUGCAUACGAAGAUAAAGAAGAGAUUGCAAGUGGAGAAGAUUUUUCAGAUGAGGAAUCUGAAGCUCAGCCAGGAAGUAAAUCUAUGCCUGGUAGAGGUGUAACUUUACAAAUGCUUUUAGAGGACAAGAUGUUGGAGCCUGGAACUGCUGCAAUGACUAUAGAAUAUUUGGGUCAGAAAUUUGUAGGGGACCUACAAGCUGAUGGUAAAAUCAAGUCGCAUGAAACUGAAACAAUUUUUUGUUCCCCUUCAGCGUGGGCUAUUCACUGUAAAAGAAUUAUUAACCCUGACAAGAGAUCUGGCUGUGGAUGGGCCUCUGUUAAGUAUAGAGGCAAAAAACUUGACACAAUCAAAGCAACAUAUCUGCGUAAAAAGCAAUUGCAAAGAGAAAACAUGCAUAGUGAUGAAGAAACAGAAAUGGAAGUGGAAAGUCCCCCAGAACCACCACCACAGAGAGUUGUAAUGAAGCAUAACACUGUUCCAAAUAGAAUGAUGCAACAUGAUGCAAAUAUGCUUAUUGAAGCAGUGUCAUUUUCAUCAGCUGGGAAAGUGCAACCUUUUUUGGUAUCUGUAAGUUCAAAUGCCCUUCUCGUGCUUGACAUUCACUGUCAUUUAAAAAAGGAGGAGGUGUAUGGUUAUGUUGCAGGGACUUGGGAUCUAAAUAACCAUAAUGUGAUGAUAACACAUACAUUUCCUUGCUUAAUAAGCAAAAAUGAUACAAGGCCAAGAGUGCUUGUUGAAUUGGAAAUACAAAUGGAAAUAGAAAAACUGGGACUUAGCUUACUAGGCUGGUAUCAUUCCCACCCAACAAACCCAGCAAUGCCAAGCUUGAGAGACUGUGACAGUCAAUUAGAAUAUCAAAUUAAAAUGCGAGGACCAUCAGAGAUAUCAUAUAUUCCUUGUAUUGGAGUUAUAUGCUCGCCUUAUAACCCCGAAAGUCCAGUUCUGGAAUCUUCUUUGACGUUCUUCUGGGUAAUGCCGCCACCGGAACAGAGGCCGACGGAAUAUCCUCGGCCUUUGUUAUUACAAUACAACAUGGUUCAUGACAGCCACUUAUCAACUCACGCUUUGGAACAAAUAAAAAAAAGCAUUAAAUAUUAUAUUUCAUACGCAGAUGAAGCAUUCGUUAAUUUUAAGGAAAGUUUCAAGCCAGAUAUAAUGUUUUUGGAUAAACUAAAAUGUACUUUAACACCGAAAUUUCCUCGCGAGCAAAGUGACGGAUUGUUAUGGCAUUUUAUUAGGGAUGAGUUAGGUUGUUCAUCAGAGAAUGAUGAUAAGAUGGAUCUAGAUGCUUUAUUGGCCGUUCCACAACCGAUUCCAGCGUCUAAACCUAGUUCCUCCUCAAUACCUAAUUUCCCUUCAGUCAGUACAUUGCAACAGAUGGUCAGUAGGCCUGUUGGAGUGCCACCAAUAAACGUUUCAUCUGCCAUAGGAUCAGUGUCACCCCAUAAGUUCGACACGCCUCCAUUAAAUAUUCCGGUGCUACCGAAUUCUUCCAAAUCAUCUAAAUCAAGUACGCCAUCUCUUCCAGCUUAUCCGACCGGUUUGGAUAUGUUAACAAGCAUGGCUUUGGGAUUAGGAACUUCAAAUAUGUCUCUUUCCUUGGGAACGACAGGACUAGAAAGCUUAGCUGCUGCCAAUAGUAUGCUAACUGGGUUCAGCCCGGGUCUAGGUUCGUCUAAUUUAGCCGGCUUGUCCUCCUCCAAACUGCCCGACUUACCCUCAUAUGCCGCAUCCUUACAAAAUCUUUCAAACAAUAUGGUCUACGAAAAAACAUCGACAAGUACGUCGACCAGUUGUACAACAUCUGCUGCGCCCAUACCAGCUAGUAUAGCUUCGAAUUUAAUGAUGAGUUCCGCAGAUAUAGCCAAUGCUUUAUUCUCAGCUAGUAAAUACUCUAGUGCGGGUAUAUUAGGGAUUCCCGACCCGAUGUCGAAGUCCACUCUAGCCGCAAAUAACAUGUUUUUAUCGCCAUCUUUGCUUAAAAUGCAAGAGACACUGUUGAAACCUCUAUCAAGUAGUAGUUCCAUUACUUCUAAAGUUGGUCUCGAUCAGAACAUAAUGAUGAAGAAUCCGCACGACUUAUUGAAAGGUAGCAGCAGUAAAGAUUAUCUGCCACCAGAUUUUGGAAGUAUCGGUAAAGGGAAAGAAUCUGUUGAUUCUAAUAAGCAUUCCGAUAUAAGUACUUCUAAAAGUGAAUCUUCAAAAUCUGCACCAGAAUCUCAGAUCGAAUAUCCUCAGAUAAGCUCGUCACCUCAUAUUGGAGGUGAUCCAUUUCUGAAUCAAAUGUUGGAGUUAACAAAGAAAACAACUUUGCCAGAUUAUGCAGCAGAUUAUAGUCAACCUCGUAAAGUGAGUGAAGAAGAUAUACCUAAAAUGUCUACUCCGCUAUCGUAUUCCAGUGCUGCCAGUAUUGCUGAUACGAUAGCUCAAGUUGCGAUGGGAAACUUCUCCAAAAUGGCUGACGUGGUAGAUUAUAGCAAGACUCAGGAUUAUAGCAGUUCAAAAAGUCAGAAUAACGAAAAUGAUAAU